AUCGCUAGCAGAUGUUCCUGUUUGGGUUGGUUCCGCUGGGACCAGUCCGGCUACCCAACUUGUACGUCAUGCCGACCCAUACCGUUCCUUCGCUCGAUCGGUUUCAUGCUGUAGGUGGCUUACCUCCGAAAGUCCUUCGACAUGCUGAGUUUCUGCUUCAGAAUUCAACACCCACAGUCAGAACAAUAUACCGGGCCUCAUGAGAGCUGGCUUCUACAUUAUGGGAUGGCGGCGAAUAGUCUUGGGAUUUGGACCACCGUAUGGAGGAACAACGGACUGUUGAGUUACUGGCUAACGGCCUUGGUAGAUGGUUCGCCGUAACUAUGGGGACGGGAAUCGCCGCCAUCCUGCUCUUUUUGAUUCCGUUUCACGCCUCGUGGCUAUACUACCUUUCGAUCGUCUUCUUCAUUCUCAACACCUUCCUAUUUACACUAGGAACGGGACUGACCGUCCUUCGAUACAUGCUAUAUCCGCGAGUUUGGCCUGUCAUGCUGCGCGACCCGGUCGACCCUUUGUUCUUGGCGACGUGUCCCAUCGGCUUCGCUACCCUCAUCGAGAUGUGGAUCUUUAUUUGUGUCCCUAUAUGGGGAAAUUGGGCGACAACUCUGGCCUGGGUGGCGUGGAUGAUUGACACGGCUGUUUCGGUUGUGAUCACGGUGGCCAUCGCUUUUCUUUUGCUUUGCCAGAAUCACACAACAUCCUUGGACAAGAUCACGGCUGUUCAGCUCGUCCCCAUUGCAGCAACAAUUGUUGCUGCCGGCGUCGGCGCAGAAGUCUCCGCCGUUUUGCCUAAUUUGACACAUAUGAGAGGCACGAUUAUCACGUCCUACUUGCUCUGGAGUCUAAGCAUGUCCAUGGCCAUGAUGAUUCUCGUCAUAUACUAUCAACGCCUUAUUCUGCACAAGUUACCGCCAAAGCAGCUGGCUAUGAGCUCCUUUCUAACACUCGGGCCCAUGGGAUUUGGCGGAUUCGGCAUCAUGUACCUAGGGAAGGUUUCUACCACUGCCUUUAACAAGGGCAAUCCCAUUCACCCCAUGGUCGGCGAUGUCGCCUACGUGUUGGGUAUAAUGGUCGCCUUAGCGCUGUGGGGAUUCAGUCUACUAUGGCUUGUCUUCGCCUUCGCGACGGUAAUCCGCUCAUGGCCCGUCCCGUUCAACAUGGGCUGGUGGGCAACAACCUUUCCGUUCGGGGUGUUCUGCGUCAACACGAUUCAGCUCGGGGUUGAGAUGUCCUCGAUGUUUUUCAAAGUGAUGGGGACGGUAAGUUGCUAUCCCUUGCAACAACAUCCAGGGUCGACUGGAGCAUUAACUGCUAGAUCAGAUAUUUAGUACGAUGGUGAUACUGCUCUGGGUGGUUGUCAGCGCGGGGACCAUCCGCGAGGUCCAUCGGGGCCAUGUUUUCAAUGUGCCGUAUCUGGAGGAUAUCUUUUCGGAGGAUGAUCAGAAUGGCAGUAUUGAUCUCGAGACUGUGUCUGGUUCGACUUGUUGACGGCAACUUUUCUGAUCUGUUCAUGAUUCAGCGCUAUAUGAAGUAUGAGGUAUAUGUUAUCAGAUAUGAAAGUAAUGGCAUACUUUAAGUUUAUGCUGGUAUCAUUCCGUUGUUGUAUCAUUUCCUUUUUGUCAGCUUCAUUUUCUUAGUGGGAAGCAAGGGGCAGGCCUAGACCAUUAUGGUGGGGCCUGAGAUUUCGGGCCGCUUCGUUAUUACUGCCUCAGCAGAAGGCUUGGCUGCCUGAGGUGCAAACCGCCGGGCAUUUUAUCAGGCCAUACUUUUGGGUGCCUAAGGGAUGUUCCUGUUGCCAAACACACACAUUUUUCUUUGAAAAAAACAGAUAUUCCACUUAACAACUCCGUAAUGUCUUG